AUGAUCCGGUUUAUACUCCUGCAAAACAGACAAGGCAAGACUCGUCUAGCCAAAUACUAUGUUCCUCUUGAGGAUUCCGAGAAGCACAAAGUCGAAUACGAGGUUCAUCGAUUGGUUGUUAAUAGAGAUCCCAAAUACACGAAUUUUGUUGAGUUCCGCACGCACAAAGUAAUAUACAGGCGGUAUGCUGGCUUGUUUUUCUCAUUGUGUGUUGACAUAACGGAUAACGAAUUGGCGUAUUUGGAGUGCAUUCAUUUAUUUGUGGAGAUUUUGGAUCAUUUCUUCAGCAAUGUGUGCGAGCUAGAUUUGGUUUUUAACUUUCACAAGGUUUAUCUGAUACUUGAUGAAUUCAUUCUUGCUGGGGAGCUCCAAGAAACAAGCAAGAAGGCAAUCAUAGAGAGAAUGGGAGAACUGGAGAAGCUGGAGUGA